AUGUACGUUUGGAUCAAAUCCGCAGCCUACUUAGUCGUUUUUGGUGGUCUCGGAUACGUGCUGCUGGAACUGACCAAACCGAGCGAAGACAAAUUGAAACAACUGCGCUACUCUACGAACGCGGAAGAAAAAAGUAAGAAAGCACUGUUCAUGAAGAAGCUUGAGGACGCGAGUAAGGACGAACCAAUCUACUUGAAGAAGAAGACCGAUCAAUAG